AUGUUCCUUCUCUCCUCCUCCCCGAUUCCCGCUCUCGCUUACGUGGCGGCGCCUCCGCGCACGCUUUCCCAAGAUGAGAUCGCGACCGUCCGAUUGUUCAAGGAGACGACGCCAUCCGUCGUGAACAUUACGAACCUCGGCGUGGGUCGCGACGCGCUGACGCUCGACGUGCUGGCGGUGCCGCAAGGGUCGGGGAGCGGGUUCAUAUGGGACGAGAUGGGACAUAUCGUGACCAACUACCACGUAAUCGCUAAUGCCGCUGACCUCAGAAUUCUCAAAAUCAACCAUUUGAUCACACAGGGUAACCCUCUCAGACUCCUCAGUGCAUGCAGCGGGUGUGGGGUGAGACGAGGUCAAGGACACUCCUCGGUGCAUGCAGCGGUGGUGGUGGGCUGUGAUGAGGACAAGGACGUGGCAGUUCUGCGAAUCGACGCCCCUCAGGAGUCGCUCCACCCGGUUACCAUCGGAUCGUCGUCAGAUUUGAUGGUCGGGCAACGGGUUUUCGCCAUUGGUAACCCCGUGAGUCACACUCUUAACCCCCCCUCACUUACUCACUCCACCCUCCCCCCCCUCUCUCUCCCCCACCUCAUCUCUCCUGUUCUGCAUGAUCCUUGUUGGGCUCGACCACACUCUCACAUCAGGCGUCAUCAGCGGUUUGAGGAGAGAGAUCCAAUCAGCAGCAACAGGGCGGCCAAUACAGGGGAUCAGCGGCAUCGUGGAGCAGAUAAUAGAGAAUGGGAGGGUGGUGCCGGCGGUGCUGGGGAUCUCCUUUGCGCCCGGAGGAGGCGGUGGAGAAGCUGGGCGUUGACGGGGUGCUCGUGCUCGAUUGCCCCGCCCUCGGGGCCUGCAGGCAAAGCCGGUCUCCGGCCCACAUCGAGAGACAACUACGGUCGGCUGGUAUUGGGAGACAUCAUUACCGCUAUUGACAACCAUAAAGUGCGGAGCGGAACGGACCUCUAUCGGGCACUUGAUGAUUGCCAAGUGGGAGACACAAAAAUCGCCAUCUUCGUCAUCACGUUGGCAUGCCUCGCCGCAGUCGGAUUCGCGCGUCCGCCGGCGAGCGUUCGCGCCGGGCUUCAGAAGAUCGAGAAGAAUGACGUGUUCAUGGGAGUGUAUCAGGGAUCGCUCUAUGCUGAGCUGGACCACGUGGACGGCGCCGACAAGAUGUCGGACGGCUAUGCGUACAUGGCGAUCUACAAUCUACCCCCUCUCGUCAAGAUGGCGUCGGUGCUGCUGCCUACGUCCGUGAAGCCUAAAAAGUAUGUGCUGCAUCUGGAGCCGAAUCUGGAGACCUUCAAGUUCAAGGGCAUCGUGACCGUAGAUUUGGACGUGGUUGAGCCGACGAAUGAGAUUCGGUUCCAUGCGCAGGAGUUGGAGCUGCAUAAGGUGGAGCUGACAACAGGGGGCAAGCUUCUUACAGCAGGAGUGGAUGGAGUGCCGGCGGUGGAGCUGGACAAGGAGAGGCAGGAAGGGAAGUUGGUGCUGGGGGAAGGGCAGACGAUGAGCACGGGGCCUGCGAAGCUCAGAAUCGAAUACACUGGCAUCACAACGACAACAUGGUCGGCUUCUACCCCCGCUGCCAAAGCCACGUUCGAGGUGUCACUGCGCGUGCCGACCGGGUUGCAAGGCUUGUCCAACAUGGACGAGGUUGGGCGGGAGAAGCAGGCGGACGGGUCCGAGGUGGUUCGGUUCGCAGAGAGCCCGGUUAUGAGCACAUACCUGCUGGCGUUCGUGGUGGGGGAGGUGGAGUGUGUUUCUGACAAGACAAGCAAUGGCACUUUGGUGAACAUCUACACGACGCCAGGGAGGAAGGAGCAAGGAAGGUUCGCCCUGUCAGUGGCGUGCAAGGUGAUCACGUUCUUUGAGGACUACUUCGGAAUCAACAUACCUCAAAGGACGCUUGGUGGCGCGCAUUGCAAGGUGAUCACGUUCUUUGAGGAGUACUUCGGAAUCAAGUACCCUCUGCCCAAGGCCGACCUGAUUGCCAUCCCGGACUUCGCCAUGGGAGCCAUGGAGAACCGGGGCCUCAUCACGUUCAGGGAGACGGCUCUCUCAUGCGUUCCCACUCUCAUCAUUCGUAUGUGUUUGGCUCCUUUCCCCUUGUACCAUGUGCAUGCAGCCAUCCCGGACUUCGCCAUGGGAGCCAUGGAGAACUGGGGCCUCAUCACGUUCAGGGAGACGGCACUGCUGCUGGAUGAGAACAGCGCACCUGCUGCCACCAAGCAGCGUGUGGCUUACGUCAUCUCGCACGAGUUGGCCCACCAGUGGUUUGGUAACCUGGUAACCAUGCAGUGGUGGAACGACCUGUGGUUGAACGAGGGCUUCGCCACGUGGUGGUUUGGUAACCUGGUAACCAUGCAGUGGUGGAACGACCUGUGGCUGAACGAGGGCUUCGCCACGUGGGUGGGCUGGCUGGGCGUGGACUACAUCUUUCCCGAGGUGGGAACGUGUGGACGCAGUUCCGCCUGCAAUGACAUGGACACGUGCCUGCACACUGACGCCCUGCUGGGCUCUCACCCUGUUGAAGUGCCCAUCAACGACCCCAAGGAGAUCGAGCAGGUGUUUGACGCCCUGAGCUACUCCAAGGGCGCAUGUGUCAUUCGGCAGCUGGAGUCCGCCAUUGGUGCCGACGCCUUCAAGAAGGUCCCGCUGACCUACUCCAAGGGCGCAUGUGUCAUUCGGCAGCUGGAGGCCGCCAUUGGAGCCGACGCCUUCAAGAAGGUGAGUUUGUGCUGUGCACUCACAGUGAGUUUGUGCGUGCACUCACAGUGA